AAAGCCCGCUAAAAGAAUGUUUUCGCAGAUGGGUUAAGGGCUGCGAUUUUCCCAAAAUCCGCAGCCCUUUGUAAAACGAAGGCUGCGAAUUUUGGGCUAAUCGCAGUCUUUCACUAUUAAGAGCUGCGAUUUUUUCCACUAGUGACGUAACAUACACAAUAUACCUUUUAUAGUCUAUACUAAAAAGAAGAUAUUAUUAUUCUCAAUCACCUCUAAUUUAUAAAGUAGAGUUAACUCUUGAUCGGAUUGCCUUUCAAUCACCUUUAAUAUAUAAAGUAAUAGAGUAUAACUCUUGACCGGAUUGCCUUGUCAACCUUCAUUAUGAUGUUCUUUAGGUAUCAUUACACCAUUAAAAAGGUUAAACAUCCAUCAAUAGUACACAAAUAUAAUUAUCACACGGGACUAGAAUUCCACAUGAUGUGAGUUUUUGUCAUUGAUCCGAUCCUUAGGGAAACACGGAUAGGGCUACGUAAACUUUCAUCAUUGUGGGAGCAACGCACACACCAAAAGUCUCACGUAAAGUUUCCUCGUUAAGAACGUAAUGUCUCAUUAUUGAAACAAGCACCCAGAAAGUAACUUAGACUACCAUCUCAAAUUUAGAUCUACACAUCCUAACAAACCUGAUUUUCUAUCGUCAUAAAAUUAUUAUCCAAUGUGGCCUGCGCUAUAUACUAAUAGUAGAACUAGCUCGCAACAACAGAAACUCUAAAGAGAACUUUAAAAAAAAAAUAUGAGAACCAUAAAGGUUGGUUUCUGUUUCCUGCAGGUUGUGUUUCUUCUUACAAUAUGGCUGUCGAAUGUUCAUGUUGUUGUGCCUCGUUCUCAUAAGGUCAAAUAUCUUCCUGGCUUCGAUGGCCCUCUCCCUUUCUCACUCGAAACCGGGUACAUUGGUGUGGAUCAAGGAGAAGAAGCACAAUUGUUCUAUUAUUUCUUUGAGUCGGAAAAUAAUCCAAAAGAAGACCCGCUUCUCGUUUGGCUAACGGGUGGCCCUCUUUGCUCCGCUAUGUCUGCCAUCCUUUAUGAAAUUGGACCCAUACAAUUUGAAGAGAAAAAUGAUAAUCAAGCUUUACCAAAGCUGGUCUUGAGGUCACAUUCAUGGACUAAGCUUGCUAGCAUAAUCUUUGUGGAUUUUCCUACGGGUGCUGGCUUCUCUUAUGCUAAAACACCUCGUACAAAUUACUCCGGGGAUUAUAGGGCUUCUCAUAAUAUUAAUGAAUUUCUACGAAAGUGGCUAACAAAUCAUCCACAAUUCCUUUCAAAUCAUCUUUAUCUUGGUGGGGACUCAUACACAGGAUUUACUCUUCCCCUUUACUUUGUAGAUAUGGUUUCCGGUAAUGAGAGAGGGUUGCAACCAUUUCUUAAUCUAAAGGGAUAUAUAUUAGGAAAUCCUGCCACUGAUAGACUUAUUGAUGGAAAUUAUCAAGUUGCGUUUGCGCAUGGAAUGGGUCUAAUUUCUGAUGAAUUUUAUGAGUCACUAGAGGUUACUUGUGGAGGUAAAUAUCAAAUGGUAGAUGCAAGCAACAUAAAGUGUAGGGCAAUGAUUAAAACUUUUGAAUGGGGCCUUCUUGGAAUUCAAAUCACAAUGACAUUAGAAGAUUAUUGUGAUAUUGAUUACUUAAGAGAUCAUGAAGUCUAUGGAAUGAAAAGAAGGAUCAUUGCUGACAAUUUCAACAACCUACAUCACCUCAAACAACUUCGUGCCCGUAAUUGUCGUAAAGAAGGAUAUAUAAUCGCUCAAGAUUGGAUGAACAAGAGGAGUGUUCAAGCUAAUUUUCACAUUCGUAAGGGUACUAUAGGGAAAUGGAAAAGAUGCAAUUACGCACAUAAAUAUUCAUAUGAAGUUUCAAGUAGUGUUCCAUACCAUCUGGAACUAAGUGCCAAAGGAUUUCGAUCUUUGAUAUAUAGUGGCGACCAUGACAUGAUUGUACCAUUCUUGGGAACUCAAGCAUGGAUAAGGUCAUUAAAUUACUCGAUACUUGAUGAUUGGCGAAAAUGGAUGGUUGAUGGUCAGGUAGCCGGCUUCACAAGGACAUACACUAAUAAGAUGACAUUUGCAACUGUUAAGGGGGCAGGACACACGGCUCCAGAGUACAAGCCUAAGCAAUGUGCUUCCAUGUUUAAGAGAUGGAUACAAGGGGAGGCAUUAUAAUAUUCCUGUGCUUUACAUGGGAAAAUCAUAAAUAAUAAGAAAAUGUAUUGAGUAUAAAUUCUUAAUCAUUCUCUUAUUAAAUCUCAUUUGUGGAAUAACUCAUAAUAAAUCAGAUGGUAGUGCUCUUAGAAGUAGUUGUCUUUGUAGUGAUGCAACAAAACGAAGGAUCAUAUGAGUAAAGUUUGGGGUCGAAAAUGGUGUAUUUGUAUUUGAAGUGGAAAACGAAUUGAAUUUGUAUUAUAAGAACAUGAGGACAUGUUAAGUAACCUAAAGGAGGUAUUCGAGAAAAUUGAUUUCAAUACUUAACUCGUUUAGUCUAGAGUUGAUCAAGUUACAACCGAAUAGCGUUUGAGCAUUUUUUUGCGCCCGGCUAUUUUUUUUUUUUUGUUCGAAGACGAUUUUUUAGCAACUUAAAAUGAUUUGCAAAUAAGUAAUAUGUGUUCUAUCUUUUUGUUCCAUUGAUGAUUAGUUUUAGCAAAUUGGCCAUUAGACAUGGUGUCACAUGUUCAAUGAUUAACUAGCUGAUUUUAGUAUAUGACAUAUCCUCUGCUUGUAGUUGCAUUUACUAACUAUAGGUGGCCUUAUUAGGCCUAUGUUGACACUGGGCCAACAAACAAAUUUUUUUGCCUUUUGGGCUCCUAAUCUACAACAAUUUGAAUUUUUGGUCUAACUUUACAUUAAUAUUAUGUCGAUAAAAAUACUUAAAUUAUAAUUAAUUUUGGCAAGUAGAAGACCUUA